CGACAAAAGCCAUGUAUCUUUCCUCGCUAUUACCGAUCACCUACUCCAAUAUUACAUACGCAUUUUUAACUUGAUCUAAUCAAGUUGUAACAAUGCUUUCUGCCAACUGGGUCGGCCCCCUAGGCGGUGGUGUCACCACAGAAAUCCUCGCCAGCCUUGCGCUUCUCGUACUCUGCACACUCAUAUUUUCGCCAUACUCAUUCUCGAAAUAUGUCACUCUUAGAAAAAUCCCCCGUGCGGGUAAAGUCCCUGGGUGGUUCAAUGGCACGGUCGCCAAACGAGACUUCAUCGCCAAUGGCGCUAGUAUCAUCGAGGCAGGGUAUCGCAAAUAUCGCGAUUCUAUGUUCUUGGUGCAGACCGCGGAUAUGGAGCGAAUUGUUCUGAGCCCAAAGUACGUGGACGAGAUCAGGACAGCACCAGAGAAUAUCCUGAGUGUUAGAGAGGGGAUGGUCGAGAGACAUCUCGGAAAAUACACGACGCUUGAUAUUAUACUUACAAGUCACCUCCAGAAUGAUGUUUGCAAGGCUCAAUUGACUCAAAAUCUUAAUCGCCUCAUAGGUCCCGUUAACGAGGAGGCUCGUUUUUGGUUGAGUCAGCGAAUACCCGAUAGCAAACCCCGCGUUGAGUUGAGAGGUCACGAAACUAUUCUACGAGUCAUUGCGGGAGUUACUUCGAGAGUACUUAUAGGACAUCCUCUAAGUCGUAACGAAGCCUGGCUGGAUGUCGCAGUAGGAUACACGUUGGAUGUAUUCCACGUAUCAACAGCUUUGCGGCCAUAUCCACCAUUUCUCCGAUGGCUCGUGGCACCCUGGCUGGACAGUACGAAACGACUCCAAAGCCAUAUUCGCAUAGCCAACAAACACCUCAGUCACAUAUUCUCCGAGAGGAUGAAUCCGAACUAUACUGGCGAAAAGCAACUAGACAUGAUACAGUGGAUGGUAGACUCUGCACGGGGCAGCGACAGAAAUCCGGACGUGCUGGUGCGCAAAAUGCUGUUCAUAACGCUUGCAGCGGUGCACACGAGUACCAUGAGCGCUACGCAUGCCCUUUUUGACCUUUGUGCAAUGCCUGAGUAUAUCGAGCCGUUACGCGAUGAAGUGCGUGAAGUUGUCGGUAAAUAUGGUUGGACUUUGACGGCAAUCAACGAGAUGAAAUUCCUCGACAGUUUCAUGAAGGAAUCUCAAAGGGUCAAUCAUCCUGGACUUCUGUCCUUCAAUCGCAAGGUUAUGCAACCCCUUCACUUAUCCGAUGGCACUUUCAUCCCACCAAAGACGUUCAUAACAAUGGCAACGAAUUCAAUUGCACGAGAUCCUCAAAACUAUCGAGAACCGGACAAAUUCGACGGAUUCCGGUUCUACAAGAAGCGGCAGGUAUCUCAAGAGGAUGCGAAACGCCAUCAGUUUGUGAGCACGGGUGCGGACAGCCUGCCAUUCGGGCACGGCAAGUUCGCAUGUCCUGGCCGUUUCUUCGCAGCGGCACAGAUCAAGGUAGUACUCGCGAACAUUCUACUCAAGUAUGAUAUUUCGUAUCCGGAAGGACAAAGCGAGCGACCGGCAAAUAUCUUCUCAGGGGAAGGUAUAGGUCCAGAUAGGGGGCAGACGAUAGUAUUUUCGAAGCGUACGUAGGAUGAGAUGGAAACGCUACGAGGAUAUUAAAAUAGGUAGAUUUUUUAAUCGCUUAGCAUUAAUUAUUCAAAAUGAGACAUAAAAACCGGUUAGAAACCCAGCCGGGGUCGUACAAA